AUGAAUGUAAAAGUAGAGGAAGGACAUCCUUCUAACAGUUACGAGGAAAAAAAAAAGAGAAAAAUUAAAAAAAAAAAAUAUAUACAAAAUGAUAGUGCGAGU